AUGUCCAAUGUACUUGAUGAUGGAUCAGAAAAAUAUUCUAAUUGGAGUAAACAAGAACUGAUAGCAAAACUAUUAACUUUAGAAAAACAACAAUCACUACUACUACAGAAGGAGGAGGAGAAGCAAGAAAAGCAGAAUGAAAUGUACACAACUAGUAAAAUAACAGAAACAAAUAAUUUAAAAAAAAAUUUUUUGACAAAAAGAAAAAGACUAUUUGACAUGUCGAAAUAUGCUAAAAGACGAAUAGCAUUUAAACUAGCAUAUUUUGGUUGGAAUUAUUAUGGGUUUGAAACUCAAAAUGAUGAAAGUAGGUUGCCUACAAUUGAAGGACGAUUAUUUCAAGCAAUGAUAAAUUCUAAAUUAAUAAGUGAUCCAUCUGAUUGUAGGUUUUCAAAAUGUGGUAGAACUGAUAAAGGUGUUAGUGCUUUUGGACAAGUGAUUGCAUUAAAUAUCAGAUCUAAUCUACCAAAGGACUCACCAUUGGAAAAUCAAGAAUUACCUUAUUUGCAAAUAUUAAAUCGAUUAUUACCAAAUGACAUUAGAAUAAUAGCUUGGGCACCAGUAAAUAAAAAUUUUGAUGCAAGGUUUAAUUGCAAAUCUAGAAAAUAUAAAUAUUAUUUUGUACAAGAAAAUUUAGAUAUAGAAUUGAUGCAAGAAGCAGCCAAUAAGUUUCUUGGUACUCAUGAUUUUCGUAAUUUUUGUAAGAUUGAUGGAUCAAAACAAAUCAAGAAUUUUGAAAGAACAGUGUUGGAAGUAGGUAUUUACCCAAUGAACAAUAAAAACAACAGUGAUAUUAAUAGUGAUAGUGAUAAUGUAGGUAAAAGACUAGAAAAGCCAUCUGUAAUUGAUGACCUUUUAGAUGUAAAGAAAUUUCCAGCUAAGCCGGUCUAUGAUAUUGCUAAUGAACUUCCAUUGGUUCUGUAUAAUUCAUUACAUGCACCUACAACUCUUUAUAAACAAAUUUAUGAACAAUGGUAUAUUCAUGCUACAAAAGCCAAUAUCCAUUCAAAUUUAUUAAAUAAUCUUGAAUCAAGAUCACAACGUAAUUAUGUGAAAAUUAUUAAUAGAAAAACUUGUGAUUCAGUUGAAAGUAAAAACGCAAAUUUCAAGAAAAAAAAAAUUAUUAAAUUAGAAAAAAUAAAUAAAUAA